CGGGCCCGGGGAGUACGAGAGCGGGGAGCAGAGGUUCCGUGUAGGUCGCUGCGUGGCUGAGGGUCCCUUCUUGCUGCAGAGGGCCGGAGCCAUGUCUUCUAAACCCAGCUGCCUGAUGGUGUUGAGCGCUGCUGCCGGAGAUUUCCAGCAUCUGCAAACUCUCUUGAGUUUAUGAUCUGUUGGAGGAACUGUGAUGCUGUACCGCCUGUUGAGUCCCACCGGCAGCUGUUGCACUGGAAAGUCCAGAUUUGCAGAUGAAUCUGCAGUCUUCUGUGUCUCCGCUGUAUUUUCCAACGGCGUUCAGAGGAUGGCAAUUUUAAACACAAAUCUCGGAGUAUCUGCACAGUCCUUCCAUCAGUCUUUUAUGCUUUGCAGCACAGCUUUUAACCUCCAGAUUGCCACUCCAGGGGGGAAGCCAAUAGAAUUUGUGGAGCUGGAUGAGAAUAAUAUUCGUUGGAUAAAUGAUUUUCGCAUGAAGCCAUAUGCCAACCCUGCUAAACUAGAGUCAAUUGAUGGUGCUAGGUACAAUGCUAUCUUGAUUCCUAAUUGUCCCGGUGCUAUGGUAGAUCUUGCAACCAGUGGAUAUCUGGCCAAGAUUCUUCAGAAUUUCUGCACUGAAAAAAAGCCAAUUUGUGUGGUGGGACAUGGAGUUGCUGCUUUGUGCUGUGCUACCAACCAGGAAAAGUCAUGGAUAUUUCAUGGCUAUAGCAUGACUGGACCUUCUGUCUAUGAGCUAGUGAGGAGAAAAGAUUUUGCAAGCCUUCCAGUCAUCGUAGAGGAUUUUGUGAAAGACUCCAGAGCCACAUUCAGUGCUAGUGAACCUGAUGCAGUUCAUGUGGUGAUUGACAGGCACUUAAUAACUGGGCAGAAUGAUCAAUCUACUCUCAUUGCUGUCCAGAACCUCAUCCUAUUCUGUAAUGUCAGGAAAUGAUUGCACUUUAAUUCAUGAUUUUAUUCAGAACAGUGGUUUGGCUGGUAAACAGGAAAUGCACAAUCUCAACUUCCGGCUCCAAUGGUAGAAGAAAGAAUCUAUGGAUGCAUAUCAGGCAAAAGGCAAUUCCUGAAGGUGCUACAGUCCUGGUGAAGAAAUCUGCCAAAUAUUUAAUUUUCAACUCCAUGUUAGUUUGCACAAAAGACUGUGAAUUUCUAAAUAGUCGUAAAAAAAGAACAAAAAAUAUGUGACCUAGUAAUGUUGAACUUGUUUGUAGUGAGUGACCAAAUAAAUCUUCUGAAUGAACUUGUUUGUACAUUGACCAUUCCCGCAGACUAACUGCAGCCACGUGAACAUUUCCAAAAGGAAUGGAAAAUCUGAAGAUCUUUAAUAUGAACCUCCAUAAGAAAAUGAUAACAUAAGCAUGGAAAACAAAAUUGAUGAAAUACACAGCAGAAGCAGCAUUUGUGAAAGAGUUAACAGUUCAGUAGGAUAUGAUGUUUAUGCUCUUAUUUCAGAUUUGUAGCAUUUGCUGUCUUGAUUUCGGAAGCACUUUUUAAAAAAUUGUUAAAGCAUUAAUUUUUUAAAGAAUUGUAUUGUAGCAGUGGAAAUGUUAAGAGGGACACAUUCGAAGCACGAUAGGUAUUGGUGUGAUUGUAAUUGUGUUGGGAGAUAUAUAUAUAUCUCUUAAUUUAUAUUAUAGCAUCUGCGGUCAGUGUUUCCAGUGUAGUUCUCUGACCAGCUUGAAAUUGUAAAGCUGUGCUAUUCACUGUAUCGCUGCACAGGAAUCUUGAUCCCAUUGAUAAUUUAUAAGCUAUCCUAAUAGUAAGAGUGAACUUAUUUGAGAAUACUAUAAACUAACAAGAAAUAAUUUUUAGCUUAAGAUAUUAAUGGUAAGUAGAUUUUGCCACAUUGAACAUGUUUGUUUGAGGUAAUUCUAAAUGCACUAUUUAUUGUAAAAAAAAAUCGAAUCUCUUUAAUUUGAACAUUCCCCAUCAUUUAAAAGAGAAUAAGUUCGUGAUGGACUAAAAAUGUUCUUUCUCAAAAGACAAUACUAAGUCUAAAUAGUAGCACUAUUUUUACGUAGCACAAAUAGUUUUCACUUGGUACAAGAUGUCCUUGCUGGUUCAAUAGAGUGAGACCUGACACUUCAGCUCCAAUUCUUUGGGCGUAACUGUACCUUGUGUUCAACAAGGCAUAGGCAUUCUCAUCCAGAAAGCAUUUUGACCUAGAAUUGCCAAAAGUAAUUUUUUUUUUAACAUGUUGUGUUGCUUCUGUUCUGACUGGGAAACGCCUUACAUCCUGGAACAGUUCCACUGAUUGUAUUGACCAAGUAUUAUUUCCAAGAGUUGGAUAAUUUCGGCAAUGAAUUGGACUACCUUGAAAGCUUCCGUUUUGGCAAUGCCACUACAGCAAUGAAAGAAUCUGGCCUGGUAAGAUCUAUAUUUUAGUAUACUACUGGGGACAAAACAUCAAACUGUUAACAUUCCUUUGACUUUAAACCAUUUUAAAACCCUCUUUGCUUUCAGUCCCACCAAAAAAGGGCAUUGUGCCGUAGUAGUUGAGAAAUGUAUGCAUCAGUGCAGUGGCACUGAUCUGGAGCUUACGAAAAUUAUAAAACCCUGAGAUUAAGAACAUUUUGAAGGAUGUGAAUCUAAGGAAAAGUUCUUAUUUACAUGUUUAUUUCUGGUAUUUCUAGAUGUUGAGUAAAGCUUUGAUAUAGCCACAGUUAACAAACUGAAGAGAAUGCAUGGCAGUGAAAGUUGGAGGCUGGUCUGGGGAUGUAGCAGGACUUUACCUGGCUCAUUGUGCCUUUACGUUCUAACAACUUCAGCACAAUAGCUUAAAGUAUUCCCUCUUAAAUGAUAAAUUGUUCACGCUCAUUGGAGUUUGCAGGCCUAAUAGGUGCAUGGUAGAGGAUGGGACCUGGCUCAAAUACCAAUAGAACUACUGUUUCAGUAAUUUCCAAAUAUCCGAUUCAAAAGUUAGGUUGUUCAGUCCCAAGCUAUGCUGUAGAUUUGUGAUCAAUUGCAUACCUAAAUAUAAAUGGGACAGGAUUGUGGUUUGUGCUGUUUUUACCAGAUUAGCUGUUGCAGUUAAAAUGGGGGGG